AUUGCUCCUUCAUUAAUAUCAAUAAUGAAAACAAACGGCUGUCAAUAAUUUAAUCUCUUUAUGGUGAUUUGUGGUGCUUUUUAAUCAGAAAAAAAUAUUUAUUAGGAGAAAAUCUGCAGUGGAAAAAUGCGUAUAUUUCUUUGAAUAUACGGUGACAUAAUCUAACCCUAUAGCAAGCAAAUCUUGAACAAAUGUCUCACGAAAGUGCCAUCGUAUUCACAAUUUUCUACGCGCUACUCUGCUUCUGCAUCGUGUACCCUUCGACGGAGUUUGUGUCCGCCGGUCUCACUGUGGACCAUGUCUUCUCGUCUACCUUGGGUUCGGAAUCUAUGAAUUUCGUACAACAUCACAUCCGGCGGACCAGUCUCAACCUGAUGGUGCACUCGUUGCUUCCCGUCAUGUACAUCCGGGUGUACUUCCUGCAGUUCGACCAGAACGAUGAGGAACAUCGCGAGGGCGAUGUCUUCGAUGCCUAUUCUCCGCUACAGUUGGCAUGGAAGACGUUGAUUGUGGCUGCUAUAUUGCUGCCGGGACUGGUGGCGGCCGCUAUCUACUACUGGUCUCGUAAAGGUUGGGAGAAUCAUCCGAUUGCCAAAAGGCUGCACAAAUUUUCUGUCCAAGGUCAUCGGUUGUCGGAUUGGAAGGCAGUGGCGGCCAGCAUCAAUGACGAGUUCCGGAGGGAUGAUAAAGUGGUGAUAAAGAUGAAUCCUGUUUCUAAGCUGGUAGUGACCGAGAAUUGGAUCAUCAAGACGGGUCCAUACUGGAUCAAUAUUGCCCAUCAAGACGACACGGCUUUGAUUGCUUAUAAGAGUGACACUCAUGACGUGAGUCAAGAAGCGUUCGAAACGGUGCAGUACGUCAACAUUGCAGUCAAACCAACGCGCCCGGGUAUUCGGGAGUUCUCCAUAAGAAUCAAUGCGCUGGAUUUUAAAGAUCUUCAAGAUCGCAUAAACCGCCCGAUUACGAUCUUGUCCAGCGUUAAGUUUCAUCGCUCGAUGCUGGAACGAUUCGUGGAUGUGUUCAAGGAGCAAGUCACACAAAAUCCAACCUACAGACCGGAGGCGGGAGUUGAUGGUCAGGACAGUUGCUUCGCUUGUAUGCAGGCGCAGCCGAAUAUAAAAAUCCAGAAAAAUUGCUUGGACGUCGAUGAAGCAGGGGAUGCACUACCGGAACCCCGGUGCUGCCAAACGUGUAAUUGUCGACCCAUGUGGUGCAUCGAUUGCGUGGCCAAGUGGUUCGCUUCCAGACAGAAUCAAUCGGAGCGGGAGUCGUGGCUGCAACAGAAAUGUACCUGCCCGAUGUGCCGGGCGCGGUUCUGCAUCUUAGACGUGAGCUACAUCGAAGGGAUGGCAUAGAUAGGUGGAAUAUAAUCUAUCUAUUGUAAGGUAAGUAAGCUUUAAACGCUUCUCUAUUCACGAAUCUAAUUUUUGGGCUCUGUGUGAUAAAUCGUGUCUAAUGAUAA